GCGAUUCAGCUGCAUACACUAUUCUUUUAUUGGCAAUGGGCGAACAGGCUUCUACCAAUCAUCAUAUGUUCCUCACAUGGCUAUCGUUUGUUAUCUUUCAGCUUUUCUACCCUCCAUGUAAGAAAAACUACCAGUGUACGAUAUGUCACAGGUGCUGCCUAUCGCCUAAUACGUAGAGCCUCAUAUAGGUAGGGAGACUAAUAUUAAUGGAUUCGCGAAAAAGAAACUGGCUGGGGCUAUACUUGAGCCCGAGUAGGUCGUCGACUCUUGGCCUAGCUUCGUGCCUUUCUCCAUCUAUUGCUGAAUUAUCUGUAUAAGCACCUGCUCUAAUAUUGCGGUAGCCGAAGUUGCCAAGUACGAUGAACCAACUAAACGAAAAGCGAUCUAUUCCCUCCGGGGAAACUUCGCCAUUGAAUCCGACAACGGCUAUGUCCUUUGACCGACUCCGGCAAGCUAGGAGUUUGCUUAUGAAGUUCUUAGGACGAUGGCUCCUCACUGCGGCGAUCUGUGCUGCCUUUGCCGUAGUUUUGAAGGAGUACGAUCGAAGGCCGUGGAUGGAAGACGGAUCUGCGCAUAUUUAUAAUGCUGUCGUGUCAGGUCUGACUAUUUGCUUGUCGCUUAAUAUCGAUGCCAGCUUGAACGCUUUUGCGGCUGCUUUCAAAUGGGCGAUAGCGUCUUCGAAACAGUUCAGUCCCCGUAUCUUCGAAUUCAUCCUUGCAUUCGACAACUCCAAAGUCAACGCGAUCAAGCUCAUCUUUUGGCGCGGAGUGGGAGCCUGGUGGCUACGUUUGAUCUGCGUUCUCUGGCUCUUCGUCGCUCUGGCGGCUCAGGUCGGGACAGCUUUGAUCGGUCUCACGUAUUCGGUAAUUCCCCUAUCGCCGGACAGGGGCAAAUUCCCUACGCCGCGUGGUGACGGAAGAACGUCGAUAUUUACGCAGAUCGGCUAUGCCGGCGAGCUCGCCUCGUCGGAUCAGGAAAGCAAUCUGACGACGCAGCGAUCUAACGCGUUCGACUACGGAGUUGGUGGGAUCAACUCCGGUUGGGAUUACCUCGAUGAUCCCUCCCCCUUUAUGUUCCAUACGUCGACGUUCGACAACGAUACGGGUGCUUACGUGAACGCUAUUCCAAACUACCCGAACUGGGCAUCGAACAGCUUGACGGCGUGGAAUGUCAUUGAACGAUGGGUUAACAACUUUGCUUAUUGCGACAACUUAACGAUCACUGGCAUGAACACUUCUUCCGAUACGACAGAGGUCGCAUUCGACGGAUACAACGGGACGCAGAUCUUCAGUAUCUCGCAAACACCCCUGGACUAUAUAACUUAUAUUUCGGAUACCUCCUUUUCAUGUGGCUUGCGAUGUACUCAAGUAUAUGCUCUUUAUUCGGCAGAUGAAACGACGAAACUGUUCGUAUGCAAUAAUACCGUAUCCCAUAUAUAUGAUAACAACGGAGAUUCGAUCAACCGAACAGAUCUUUUAAUGCCGGAUACCCAAGCUAGGAUUCUGGCGGGUGCUAUUGGCUGGGGAGACCUCGACGUUGAUAGUUCUCUUGAUGCGCUGUCCAUGCCCAACAGGUUCCAGGCCUCGAGCUUCCCUAACGGGUCUUACUGGGCCCCGCACUGGACAGCUAGCGAAGAUAUAGACCUUGGCUACGUCCCUCUAUUUACUGCUUCUGCGAUUGUGACCAUGACCCAAUAUGGCAUCCAGAAGAAUUUCACCGAUAUACUUAUUCCUGGUACGGCGUCACAGUUGGACGUGACCUGGAAGUAUAGUGUUCUCAUCCUCGCAUUGAUACCUAGCAUCCAGGCUCUUCUGGCUUUACUCUGCGUUCUAGUCGUGUACGUAUGCGGCGUGUCUAUUCAUGAUGGCUCUCUUCUAGCAAUUACGACGCUUCUCAGCCCUGCCUUGUCCCAUAUUGCCACGAGCGAUCUUCGAAGCGGAAAGGAGAUCGCAAAAACCUUGGGAUACGACCUUCAAUAUACGCACGAAAGAGGCGAGGGUGACCGUGAAGGUAAAUGGGCCAUCGAAAUGAUCGGACGGAAAAUUAGAGAGCUUCCGGACGGCGCUUGCCAUCAAGAAACCCUACACCGAUAAGUUGCUCCUGUCGGCAAUGAAUGUUGUCCGCGAUGUGCGCUGGAAGAGAUGUAUCGGCUCCAAAGUGGGACCCCUUACUCGAGAAGGCCGAUAAGAUGACGACGAGGAAGUGAUGAUGGAAAGAAAUUUUGAGCUAUACACAUUGGUACGAAGAAGCCCAUCAUGAAUGAUUGGCUUUCUAUGAAUGGAUGGUUAAGGGCGGAUCUUUUUAUGCUCCUUUCUAGCUUAUUAGAGGCCGAGUUGAUUACCUUCGGUUUAGCUUGCUUGCUGAGUUAGUUUGGUCGAGGUUUAACUCAUCACAAGUAUAGAUGUGUUAUAUGGACCCGGGCUAGGGUGAUGGGAUGUUGUAUUUGCCUACCUAAGUUUUUUAGAAUUGAGCCAAGUGUAAAAGUGUUCUAAUGUACCCCUCACGGUGUGAACCGCACCUUCAGUUGACGUACGCUCUUUCUGGGAAGAAAGGAGAAGCUAUCUACACAUAUGUUGCGACCCUGUCAACUAUGCUCAAAAGUCUGCGAGUCAGAAAUCCGAGCUUACCCUCAUUUAUACGUAGCUAAUACGGUUUUGAAGAAUGGCUGGUUGUUCAAUCAUGCACCGUCACUGGGCAAGGUAUGUGUGAAGUAGCAGG